AUGACUGUUGACUAUACUAAAGAACAAGCUUUCGUUGAUCAUUUGCUCUCUUUGCCUUCUGAAAAGUUGAAUGCAAUUCGUGGUAAACCAGAAGCGGUUAUAAAGGCCAUUCACGACUUUGAGAAAACUGCAGACACUUUUUACAUGGACAUUGGAGAAAGUAAGGGCCAGGCGAUUGUAAAUGAAAUCCGAGAGAAGAAGCCCAAAAUUAUGGUCGAGCUGGGUUGUUAUCUUGGCUACUCUGCCGUUUUAUUUGGCAAGGAGCUUUUGCAGGACCCUGCUGCUCAUUACUAUUCCCUUGAGGUCAACUCUAUAUUUGCCGAAAUGGCUUCAAAAGUGAUUGAUCUGGCAGGUCUUUCUCACAAAGUAACAAUUCUUGUUGGUCCUGCAACAGAAUCUUUGGUUGCUUUGCGGGAACAUCUUCGGAAAGAGGCCUCUGGGUUCCAUGCAUUUGAUUUUGUUUUUAUCGACCAUUGGCAAAAGUUGUAUGUUCCCGACUUGCGAGUCAUGGAAUCUUUGGAAUUAGUUGCUCCGGGAACGGUUUUGGUGGCCGACAAUAUUUACAUACCCGGUGCUCCCGAAUAUGCAAAAUAUGUUCAAGCAAAACCAGAUUUUAAGCGGGAAUACAAUGCGAAAGUCCAAAAUGCCAACGGAAAUGAGUUUGUUGGCAGAUGGGACAUUUUGUACGACUCGAAAACAGUGCCUAUCGAGUUCAGUUUAGGAACAGAUGCUGUUGAAAUAACUCGCUGCACUGGUUAUGUGGAAAAGUAA